AUGCCCUUCGAGGAGAGUCCAAACUCCUUCCUUUUUGGACUCAACCAAUUCACUUCCCCUGGUGCCGACUCUCAGAACGAAAGCGGCUCCAACUCGCGUUCUGAUAACAUGCUCGCCAGCCUGGAUGCUUUCGCCGUUGGGGACCACGUUGCUGGCGUAUCUGGCCAGAAUGACGCCAACGGCAGUCAGAACCCCAACUUUGCCGAUCAGCUAGCCCUCUGGACCAAUGCCAACUUCAGCUUCGACGGCCCCACCGGGCAUGCCUUGCUCGGUGAUGAAGAGAAGGAAAAGGAGGAGGCAGAGCACAACCGUCGACGCGAGGACGAGAACCGUCGCAACCAAGAAGAGGAGCGGGGAAGGCUAGCCAGGAAUGCUGCCGCAAGCUCCCGAGGCAGCCAUGCUUUGCGAGGCAAGGCUCGUGAUGUCGAUUCCACCCAACCUAGCUCCGCUCAGUCUUACCCUCCCACAUCUCAGCCGCAUGCUUCAUCCUCUCACCCAUCACAGCAGCAACAACUACAACAACAACAGCAGCAACAACUACUACAACAACAGCAGCAACAACUACAACAGCAGCAACAACAGCCUUUCUUCCCUGGCGCACCCAACUUCAAUGCUGCCGUCAGACCAUCACAACCGACCAACCCUUCAGGACCUGGUGUUGCCCCUCCAUUUGGGCUUUUCAGCAGCUUCCCUAAUCUUCAGCAGAACGCACAGCAGCCAUCUCAGCUUGGCUUCGGCGCAGGAUCGAUCGACAUGACCUCAGCUCUCGCCCUGCAGCAUCUUCUGGCCAGCAACCCGCUCGCACUCGCCAGUCUCAGCCAACUCGCCGGCCUUACGAACCCGCAGCUGCAAUCACACCUCGCAGGUAUUGUGAACAGAGGAGCUGGGCUGCCUGGUUUUGGUGCCCAGCAAGCUGCACAGGCGCAAACUAGCGCCCCGAACAGCGCUGUCGCGACUCCUUGGCUAGCAGCUCAGCCUUUGGCUGCUUCUAGAGCCAGCAGCGUCAGUGAGCCAUCGCCUGCGAACGUUCCCUGGGCUCCACUGCUUAGCGCAGGUGUACCAGCCUCUUCGCCUGCUCAGAUUUCGCCCGCCCCUGGUGCUGCCCCAAGCGCAGGUGCUAAUGGCUUACUCAAUGACACGGGUCCUCGCUCUGGCUCUCACAGCCAUGCUGGCGUCAAUGGUGCUCAUUCGGCCGGCGGCAGCUCUUAUGAUGCGGCCGACCGACAGGCUGGUGAGUCCAGUGCGUCGGGUUCAGCUUCGGCAUCAGGCUCUGCUCCUUCCAAGAAGAAGCGCACCAGCACCUCUGAAGGCAAGAAAGCGCAACACGAUCAUGCCGACCCUGAUGACUCGGACGAGAUUUCUGGCCGUAUCGAAGACAUUGAACGUCGCUACGAGAUUCCUCCACUCAAACUCAUCGACACUGGCAACCCAGAAGCAGACGCCGAAGCCAACCGUCUCGCCAUCGAAGAAGACAAGCGUCGCCGCAAUACCGCUGCCUCUGCUCGAUUCCGUAUCAAGAAGAAGCAACGUGAAGCAGCCCUCGAACAGGCUGCCAAGGAGCUGCAGCAGCGUCUUGCCGAUCUCGAGGCCGAAAACGCACGCCUGAAGGCGGAGAAUGGAUGGUUGAAGAGUUUGAUCACUGUUCGACCUGAUCAGGCUAUGCCAGGUGGACUGGAUCAGAGUGCGGUGCCUAACCCGUUCAAUUUGGGUGAACCUAGUGCUAGUGGAUCUGGCCCUUCGACUGCGCAUGGAAGUUCAGUGGUGAGUGGCGAUGGGCAUUUUGGCAACCAGGAGAAUCCGGAUAGGCAAAGUGGUUUGCAUCCUAGAGGAGUCGGAACUGGCGCGGGAGAGGACAGCGGAAAGGGUAAAGGCAAUGCGAAAAACAACAACAGCAGCGGUGCCAACGGCCAGCAUGCUCAGCUUAAACGCGAUCGUGAGGAGUAA